GGGUGUUUGUGUGUCUGUGUGCCUGUGUGUGUGUGUGUGUGUGUGUGUGAGAGAGAGAGAGAGAGAGUGGGUGAGUGAGUGAAUACCGAGAUGAGUCACUCACGCAAAACACUUACAAAAAGGUAUCGGAAUCAAUAAACCCGAUUCCCAGCAGCAGACCGCCAAAACAUGUGGAAGCAUCUUUGUGUGCGACAAGUUCAUGAGGAAGGAAAAGAAAACCAAAUCACAAUCAUAUGUACUCAUGAUAUACAAUGCUCAUCAAAUGGUAUUGUAAAUAGUACAGCAUCAGCAUUAGCAUUUUGAUACCUUAGUGUUUGACACCUACUCAGCGUCAGCGUUCUUGCUAGCAUCAUCAUGUCACACAACCAUCUUUUAGUGUCAUUAGCCAACCCUAGAAACUCGAUCUCUACAGCACAUGAGUAUGAAACGUUUUGAUCAUUACACCAAAGUCACAUUACAAUGCUUUUUGUGUAGCUUAUCAAUUGGUAAUCAUUGAACGUGUUGAUUCCGGGUCCACUUUUGUGAGUAUUGUUAUAAAAAUGUGUGAAAUUCUUUGCUCAUCUUGUCUUAUCAAUCCAUUUGUCAUCUUCCUUUACAUUGAUGUUGUCCUUGAGACCUGGUCGUAAUGUGUUAAUAACUAAUGGAUCAAUUGAAGCCGACUGUGACUCUACGAUUGAAUAGUAGCCGUUUGAAACGAAGAGUAGCUUCGACUUUGUCUUUUGUUCACAACUUGUUUCUUGUCUGCAGUGUCAUUUACUGUGACGUUAUCAUAGCACUUGGUUUUCACAUUACGAACAGUACAAUACAAAGAAGUUGUUAAUGACUUGGUCGGUCUCUCGAAGGGUGGCUAUGUUCUACGGUAGAAAAGCAAAUGCUAAAAUCGAGGAAGAGGUAAUAUCACCUCGUGACCUGAGAGCUCAGCGUCGAAUUGCUAAACGUUGUGAAGAGGAUCUGUAUACUCCGGAAAUGGAUGAAAAUGAUUCGUUUGCUGCUUUAGGAAUGAAACGAAUUCUUCAGUCUCCUCACAUGGUUGCCUCGCCUUCGAAACGAUUGUGCUCUGUUGGUGCAGACUCUAACACAAAGAAAAGACCAUCACGACUACUGACGAGUUCCAACAUUCAAAAUCUGGACCAGUGGUUGGAUAUGUUUGAGUUGUGGACAGCAGAGGAACGGAAGAUUGCGCUAGACCAUUUGGUUGACAGAUGCGAUGCAGCAUUGCAGAGACAUUUGUUAGGGAUUGUAGAGCCUCAGUUUCAGCGAGAUUUCAUCUCACUACUACCCAGAGAACUCGCAUUCAUUGUCCUUGCUAAUCUUGAACCAAGGGAUUUACUACGAGCAGCACAGACAUGCCGAUAUUGGAAAACACUUUGUGACGACAAUUUAUUAUGGCGGGAGAAAUGUCGUGACUGUGGUGUAGAUGAUAGUAUUAUGAAAGGCUUUCGAAAACGAGUUAGAACAAGAUCGUGGAAACAGGUUUAUUUGACGAAACAUCGUAUUGAAUGGAACUGGAAACAUGGCACUCUGAGACCACCUAAAGUACUAAAAGGCCAUGAUGAUCACGUGAUUACAUGUUUAAAAUUUCAUGGCAACAGAAUAGUUAGUGGUUCGGAUGACAAUACGUUAAAAGUGUGGUCUGCAACAUCUGGAAAGCAUUUACGGACUCUAACUGGUCACACAGGAGGUGUAUGGUGUGCUCAAUUUAAUGGUUCGGUGAUUGUGAGUGGUUCAACUGAUAGAACUCUGAAGGUAUGGAACAGUGACACGGGUUUAUGUCUCCACACAUUGUUUGGUCACACGUCGACUGUCCGCUGUAUGGCAAUGAGCGGCGACAAAGUGAUCAGCGGCUCACGCGAUGCAACACUAAGAGUAUGGGACAUCACGACUGGACAGAACUCUCACAUCCUAGUUGGACACCUCGCAGCAGUUCGAUGUGUUCAGUAUGAUGGUGUCAAGGUUGUUAGUGGGUCAUAUGACUAUAUGGUCAAGGUGUGGGAUCCUGAGACUGCACAGUGUCUUCAUACAUUGCAGGGACAUACGAAUAGAGUUUACUCGUUGCAGUUUGAUGGGACGCAUAUUGUCAGUGGUUCGUUGGAUACGACGAUACGAGUGUGGAAUGCAGAAACAGGGCAUUGCCUUCAUACAUUAGUUGGACACCAAUCACUCACAAGUGGAAUGGAACUAAAGAAGAACACUUUAGUGUCAGGAAAUGCUGACUCUACCAUCAAGGUUUGGGACAUUUCGUCUGGUCAUUGUCUUCACACACUCCAAGGGCCCGAAAAACAUCAGAGUGCCGUAACGUCUCUACAGUUUAACGACAAGUUUGCAAUCACGAGCUCCGAUGACGGAACGGUGAAGUUGUGGGACAUUCGAACUGGCGACUUCAUCAGGAACUUGGUGACACUGGGCAGUGGAGGAAGUGGUGGCGUCGUAUGGCGUGUCCAAUGCAGCGAGAAGAAACUUGUGUGCGCAGUUGGCAGCAGAAACGGCACUGAAGACACAAAACUUCUCGUUCUCGACUUCGACACAUGUUAACCUCCAACAACCAGCCCACCGAGCAUCACCACAUUCACACCCAAAAACUAUUCACAUAACCUCACAUAAUGUACAGUCACUGAUGUGUAUCACAAGCUUCUCAACCAACUGACUACAAGUUGAGGGGUUGUCUACUGCAUAUUGGACGGAGGGCUGAUAGCAGGCUAUCGGCAUUGCUUUUAACAGACGGUUGUUUUGCAUAUUGCAAAGAGAGAGGACCAUUGAUGUGGUUUAUUAUUGUUUCUUGUAUUGGAGAUAAUUGUUGUGUAUGUAAUUGUUUGGUAAAUAAAUGGUAAUAUUGAUAUUGA